AUGGGGACGAGGGGCAGAGUUUUGGUCCCAUCCAGUGUGGCUCGUGAGCGAGUUGAGCCUGAGUUGGAGGAGCAGCUGUCUUGGGGCAAACGUCUCAGACGGCGGGCUGAGCUCAAGUUGGAGCCUUUGGGACCCGAUGAUGAUGAUCCUUCCGAAGGCCUGUCGCCUGUCGCCUGCAGGAGACUGACCAACAAACAACCCUGGGACAACCUGCAGAACAUCCAGUAA